CUGCGCACUAUUAACAACUAUACCAAUAAAUAAGAAUACUAUAAAUAAAAUAUUUAGAAUCCGACUUCUAAGCCGCUCUCGGGGCCACGACUCUUUUAAUACGUUAUACAACCUCGCAACACCACUCUUUCCUUCGUUGCCAGAAGAAACGGCCCUAUUCAAUUCCCGCCGACAGGAAGAAGGCGACCGCUUUGCCCGGGAGUUGUUCCUGGCCAUCCGCAACAACCACUUUAUACGGAACUGCCCCUGCCCAGUUCCAAGCAUCUACACUUCUCAAGAGGAGGCUCUCAUCGCCGGAACUAGUCACACUCGGUUCUACAUUACCGACGAGGACACGUCGAAGCUGUCUUCCUCCAAUUUAGCUAUCAUUUUCAUAUGUGGUCUCUCAUCCAAUUCACCGUGUGAAUCAUCAUCCCGAAGACCAUUUUAUUCGCAGCAGGACUACACACAGCAGCUUCCCAAGGGCUCACAAGAACCUCUUUCACCGUCUUUCACGGAACGAUCGACAUGGUCAACGUCGGUCUGUCCCAUGUGCCCACCUUCGUUGGAGGAUGGACAGGGCAGUCAGUAGUCAGUCCGCGCUGUCAACUCCAUACUAGGACCAUUAACUCUACUACACGAUUGUACUAUUGUCAUCCCCCGCCUCAAGUUCCCUUUGCCUUCUCUUCUCCUUCCACCAAACAAUAAAUCCAAUAAGCAAGAAUAUCGCAGCUCACCAACAAAAUGGUCAGAAUCCGAAUUCCGCGCGGCUCUCGCGGUCGCACUUCUUUUACCACAUCACAUAACCUCGACACUCCGGUUUCUCCGUCCAUCCCACAAGAGACACCUCGCUUCCGCGAUAGACGGAGGCAAGAAGGAGAUGGGAUCGCCCGCGAGCUUUAUAUAUCGUAUGUACAAUUCUGGAUGAUACUGGUUGGGUUGGUUGUUGGCUCAGUUUUUUGGUUGGAGUCUAUUAAAUGGAGGUAGUUGAAAAGGUUGCUUGGGAAUAUUGAAAGGUCUGAAUAUAGAUGCACCAUCUAAAUAGAAGGGUCGUAAACUUUCGUCAUAUCAAUAC